UCCAAAAUCACACCCAAUCUCUCUGUCUCCUUCUCUCUCUCUCCCUCUCUCUGUCUCUCUCAACUGCUCUCUUCUUCUCCAUAAUCUCAUUCCCUCUCUCUCUCCCUCAUUCCCUCUCUCUCUCCCCCUCAAUUACUCUCGACUCCAAAAUCACGCCCAAAAUCGUCACCAAAACAAAAACCAUGAGAGCGUAUCUCUCUCCUCCCACCUCCUUCCAUCACAACCUCAACCCUCACUCUCUCCUCUUCAAACCCAUCACCCUCAACCUCUCCCACCCUCAAAAACCCACAAAGCAAAAUUUCCGAGAAGCCGGAAAAUUCUCAACUCUUCAGCCUUCGUGGCUCAUCCCCCCUCCCUCUUUCACCCUCAAUCACCAGCUCAACCCCUCUAACAUCCCCCUCUCCCUUCGCCUCCUCCAACUCAAGCGAAAGAACGACAAACUCGCGCAUAUUAAACUAGCAAAUCCUUCAGAGCUCGGUUCUAUAGGCAAUGCAGUUUGGACUUUGGCUUGUGUGCUCGAAAACUUGCAAAUGUCAGCUAUACAGGUUGAUGACAAAGAGAUUCUUGAUAGAGUUUCGAGGGAUGGGAAAUCUUCGAUUGUGUGGUUAUUUCAGAGAGUGUUCUCUAGUUCGCCUCAGAUUGCAAUUGGGCUUCUUGUUAUGAUGAUGGAGUUUAUGGUGAACGCUUUGGAUGGGUUUGUUUGUGGGAUUGGAUCAAUGAUUUUUGAAUCAGAGGAGAAAGUGUGGGGUGGUUGUCUAGAGGUUGGGGAUGAUCUGUCUGUUGAUUACAUAAAGAGGAGGGUUUUUUAUGAGAAUUUAAUUGUUACGGGGCAGAGGGACUCGAUGAUUCUUUCGAAUUAUGCACAAUUUCUUUAUUUGUUUGAGAACGAUAUCGAGAGAGCCAAUGAUUAUUUCAGUUUGUCAGUAAAGUCUGAACCGAUUGAUUCAGAGGCGAUCAGCAGGUAUGCGAUAUUCUUAUGGCGUGCCCGAGGUGAUAACGAGAGAGCAGAGGAGAUGUUCCAAGAGGCAAUACAUGUUGAUCGGGACAACAGUUACCAUCUAAGUAUGUAUGUGUGGUUUCUUAAUGAAACAGGCUCUACAGAUACUUGUUACCGUCUUACUGGUCAUACUAGGGAUGAUGAUGAUGAAGAAGAAUAUGAAGAGCUCUCGAGUUUGUAACAAUAAGUUACAACUUUUGUUCGGAAAUGCAAAGAUUUUUUUUUUUGUUUUUUAAGUUGAUCAAUGACUUUGAGAUGACUGAGAUAUCUACAAUUUUGUUCAUUUCCAGUACAUGAGAACAAAUGUAUGUAUUUUGAUCGAGAGAUAAACUUUGUUUUAAUUCUAAAAAGUAGUAUUUAUACUCU